AUAAAACAUAUAUAAAAUCCCUCGAGUCUCUCCAUCCACUCAGUCUAUAUAAACAAGCUCCUUUGGCCUAGCUUCAUCUAUAAAACCAAGUUUGUUUUCUUUCAUCUCUUGCCUAGCCUCUAAUUUUCUCUUCAGUUCACUACUCCUCGUAUUCUAAACAAGGAACAUUUUUUCUCUUUAUACUUGGAAAAAUAUGGAUAAUAAUCGGCAGCUAAACUACGGCGAUGUAUCCGGGCUCGUCUCUGUUGAGAACCCGAAGCUCGAAUCGCCUCUAACGGUUUCCUUCUGGAGGGAUUUUGUACAAAAAUACCCUCCUGAUUUCUUGAAGAAGGUUAUGGCGGAGAUAAUCGCUACAUUUCUUCUGGUGUUCGUGACGUGUGGCUCGGCUGCUCUUAGCUCGACCGACGAACACAAAGUGUCUCGACUUGGAGCAUCGGUUGCCGGUGGUCUAAUCGUGACUGUGAUGAUCUACGCCGUUGGUCACAUAUCCGGUGCUCAUAUGAACCCGGCCGUCACUUUAGCCUUUGCUGCCGUUCGGCAUUUCCCCUGGAUUCAGGUACCGAUUUACAUAGCCGCACAGCUGACGGGGGGUAUUUCGGCCGGCUUCACGCUGCGGGUUCUCUUGCACCCAAUAAAACACGUAGGCACCACGUCACCAACUGGGGCCCACAUACAAGCCCUCAUCAUGGAAAUAGUUGUCACGUUUUCCAUGAUGUUCAUUACCUCAGCAGUAGCCACCGAUACAAAAGCUAUAGGGGAGCUGGCGGGAAUAGCAGUUGGGUCUGCAGUUUGCAUCACUUCAAUCUUAGCCGGGCCCAUAUCAGGUGGAUCAAUGAACCCGGCAAGAACCAUAGGCCCAGCAGUGGCCAGCAAUUUUUACGACGGCAUUUGGGUCUACAUAGUGGGGCCCAUCUGCGGGACCCUGUUGGGAGCAUGGUCCUACAGUUUCAUACGGGUUUCGGACAAGCCAGCUGGCGCUCUAAAUACGCAUUCGCUGUCUUUCAAACAUCGAUUGAUGAUGAGAGGCAAUCACGAGCAACACGGGGUGCCACGUGAUAAUCUUGACCUUCUGUGAGAUCUACGGUUGAGAUUGAAGCUAGUGAUCUAUAAUCUUGACCGUCUAUAAGAUCUACGGUCGAGACUGAAGCAAGUGAUCUAUGUAUGUAAACUGUGGUGUGUUGCAAGAGUGCCUAUAUGGGAUGCAGUUUUUUGUUUUUUUUUUUUUU